AUGCGUCGGCUCGCGAAGAGUUUGCACACGUCUGUCGCGACAAACACCACUGUCGAUGGCGUUGUCGUGACGGAUGUUCGAGCUGUCCAUGAUGCGUUCACCCAGCACUGGAAACACAUCAUGUCAGCUCCUACAGGUGGUCCCCCCAUCAAUCGAGAGCGCCGUAGAGCUGUGGUGCGCACUCUGUCUAAGCGGCUAUCGCGUGAGGACCGUGCUACACUCGACGAACCUCUCACUGCCGCUGAGCUGCACGUCGCGCUCAAGACCAUGGACCCGGCGAAGUCCCCCGGGCCAGAUGGGUGGUCCGCAGGAUUCUUCCAAGUUGCGCCAGCGGUGUUCGCUGAGAUCCUGUUGAAGCCAUCCUUGCAACUAUCGGCCCAUUGCACUCAUGCCGGUCGAAGUGAAAAUCUUGUCGCGUGCGUUGUCCCCCUCCCCCGUCUCGCUCCAAAGCUCGUACACCCUUCACAAGCUGGAUUCAUCCGUGGCUGUCGCCUCCACGACUACGUCAUUCUCAUGCAAGCCUUGCAGCAGAUCUGUACGUCAAAUGAUCAUGACCACAAUGUUAAGUUUCUGGAUUUCUCCAAAGCGUACGACAUGGUCGACCAGGGCUUCCUGUUCGACCAGCUCGUGGAGAUGAACAUUGGUUCGGCCUUUCUUGACUGGCAGCCUCACCUAGGCAUCCCCCUUCCCGACGGUGACCCUCUGACCAGCAUUUUCUUCGCCGAUGACUCCACACUGCUCUCAUGCGACCUUCCAUCGGCCGUGGAGCAGAUGCACAUCGUCGAGGAGUUUUGCGUCGUGUCGGGUGCGAUGCUUAACCAAGCUAAGUGCAUGACGUUGUGGCCAUCCCAAACUGAGUUCCUGGCUCGAAUGUCACAAGCCAACCCAGCCGCUCGGGUGCGUCUAGACCCAUCUGGCAACAUCACUUGGGCACCCAUCUACAGGUUGGGCAUGGUCUACAACCACCUGACCUCGUUGUAUACGCGUCUCCAGCGCUCAGUAGACAACCCCCCUGGUGUCGCGGAAUCCCACACAUAUUUCGCGUAUGUCAAAGGCGUGGCGCGACCAUUCCAACACUGGACGAAGAAAAUGAUAGUGGCGAUGGCGUACCACGCCCCUACAGCCUACGUUCGUCACCCCAUGGCCAUCACCUCUCGCGACACACCAAUUGCCAUCGCCAGUUUUGUCCGUUGA